UAUCACAUUCCUCUUUCUUUUUAUUAGAAAAUACCAAAACUCUCUUUUUCUGUGCAACACUUUGGAGGAUUCUUCUAGGCUUCUUUCCUUCUUUCAAGCACAAAACAAGAGCGCGUUGUCUUCACGCCGGCGAACAGUUAAGGAGUCAUGGCCACCGGAGAUGAGAAAUCGGUGAUGGUCGUCGGAGUCGACGACAGCGAGCAGAGCACUUACGCCUUGGAGUGGACGCUCGAUCGCUUCUUCGCUCCUUACGCUCCCAAUUAUCCGUUUAAGCUCUUCAUCGUCCACGCCAAACCUAACGCCGUCUCCGCCGUUGGUCUCGCUGGUCCCGGAACUGCGGAGGUUGUACCUUAUGUUGAUGCUGAUCUGAAGCAUACCGCUGCUAAGGUUGUCGAGAAAGCCAAAGCAAUUUGUCAGAGCAAAUCGGUUCAUGGUGCGGUGAUCGAAGUUUUUGAAGGUGAUGCAAGGAAUAUCCUAUGUGAAGUUGUAGAUAAGCACCAUGCUUCUAUUCUUGUUGUGGGAAGCCAUGGAUAUGGAGCUAUCAAGAGGGCGGUUCUCGGGAGCACGAGCGACUAUUGCGCCCAUCACGCUCAUUGCUCGGUCAUGAUCGUGAAGAAGCCUAAGAUCAAGGUCUGAAACCCUAAGCAAAGCUACUCGGUGUAGCAGUCAAAGCAAAGUCUCUGCAUAGUCUAAUUCAGAAGAAGAAGUGAAAUAAUAAAUAAUAUAUGUGAAACAACAAUAUACAUUUGCAUUUAUAUGUGUAACUGUUUAUUACAAUACAAUGUUUUGGUAUCCCUAAACAAUAUAUUCGUGUUUAAUAUUCUAA